CACCAAUUACCGGCAGAACUUAAUAACCGAGCGCUGCAAUUCAUCAUGGCAUUGACUUUCGUUCACUUUUGCUGUUGUUACUGUGGUAUGUGCUCCGCGCACUUGCCCGUCCCGAUGCCCCGCCAGAUGCCUGCCCCGUGAUCAGCCAGGCGUCCGGAGCCCAGCGUACCUCUGGACGGAGUGUAUUACUGUUGCGAUCCUGGACCGCUGCAGAUAUGGCUUCCUUCCGGACGAUUGAGCACAAAGUCCCCGCUCAACACAUCCGCGAGUAUCCCAAUGCAACAGCAAACUCGCAAGAAGAGGUGCUGUACCUGAGCGUAAAGCAGUACAUUCCAUUGGACAAUCCACGUCCCCGCCCGGGAGAUGUCACGAUCCUCGCCGCCCACGCGAACGGCUUUCCCAAAGAACUUUACGAACCACUCUGGGACGAUCUCUGGAAGCAGUCUGCCCGACAUGGUUGGCGGAUCAGGAGCAUUUGGAUUGCGGACUGCGUCCAAUCUGGUCAGAGCUAUGUCUUGAACGAGGCAUGCCUCGGCAACGAUCCCGGCUGGAACGACCAUCCGCGAGACCUGUUGCAUUUGGUCAAUACGAAAAGAGACGAGAUGCCGCGGCCAAUCAUUGGGAUCGGUCACAGCAUGGGUUGUUCUCAUCUAGCUUACCUCGCUCUCAUGCACUCGCGUCUCUUCACUUCGCUCAUUUUCCUCGACCCAGCAAUCCAAGGGGUGUUCAAUGCAGACCCUCUAACAUGGCCGUCAUUCCAAAUGGCCAAAUUCUCCACCUACAGACGCACACUGUGGCCGUCACGAGAGGAAGCAGCAACUGCAUUUGGCAAAGCGGCCUGGUAUCAAGCUUGGGACCCUCGAGUGCGCCAGAAGUGGAUGGAAUUUGGCCUGCGCGAUGUCCCUACCGUGAUCUACCCAGACGCAAAAAAGCCACAAGUCACAUUGUCUACUACGAACGCGCAGGAGGUGUUCAUCUUCAUCCGUCCUAAUCGGGACGAGGACUAUGCCUCUGGUGCCGUGACUGGUGAAGUCAGCCCCCUGGGAGGAGCCCACGAUCCAUAUUAUCGGGCGGAGAUGCGCGAAAUCUACCCGCGACUGGCUCACUUGCAGCCUCCCGUUCUCUACGUGCUAGGCGACAAAUCGUACCUCCGAGACGAGGAGGGGGAUAAGGAUAGAACGGCGAUUACCGGGUCGGGCGUUGGCGGUUCCGGCGGACAGGCAAAUGGAAUGGUGAAGAGCGUCAUGUUGGAGGGUGGCGGGCAUUUGUUACCCAUGGAGAUUCCCCAGCGCGCGGCAGAAAUCGUGGCCAAGUGGGUCGUGGAGCCUCUCGGGCGAUAUCAGCGGGAAGAGAAGGAGUGGCGGGAGAAAUGGGUGAGCAAGUCGUUGAAGGAGAAGCAGGAGCUGGAUGACAGGUGGAGACAGAUGAUUGCGGAUCUGUCGAAGAAGGCGAAGCUGUGAGGGAGCAUAAGCUAUGAUUGGUAUAGAUAGCGAGGUCGUACAUAUACCACAAAUCAAUUUGAAUGAUCUUCUUUUGCU